UACAGUAGUAUUUCUUCUACUUAACUCUGUGCUCGCACUUUACUAGAAGCCCUUGAACACACCACAGCAGGGGCGGUCUUUGAAAAAGUUUCCGGGGAAGUUGCUUGGAGAAACGAAACUGUGUCAACAUUGAUAGGAAGAGUUUUCAGAUCGUCUUUAAACUGCUCCACAGGCAUUUUUAAUUGAUUAAAAUGCAAAGCAGUGCUUACGGGGCCUCGUUGGCCGGUGGUGCCUUUGAUUGUGAGAGCUUUAUCAAGCAGCCUCACACCAUUUUGCGCUUCCUGAGCUGGAUAUUUUCUAUUGUGGUCUUUGCAUCCAUCACAGGAGAAGGCUAUGUUAACCCAACGGUGGAGCCAGAAACUGAAUGUAUAUUCAAUAAGAAUGACGGCGCCUGCAGCUACGGGCUGGGGAUCGGAGUCCUGGCCUUUAUGGCUUGCGUUGUCUUCAUCGUACUGGAUGCCCUUUUCCCACAGAUCAGCAAUGCCAAUCAGAGGAAAUUCAUUGUUAUUGGAGAUUUGGUCUUCUCAGCUGCUUGGACGUUCCUGUGGUUUGUGUGCUUCUGUUUUCUGGCCAACCAGUGGUCCAAAACCCCUGAAACCUUUCCAGCCAAUGCUGAUGCUGCCCGGGCUAUUGUGACCUUCUCCUUCUUCUCAGUUUUCAGCUGGGGUUUGUUGGCCUACUUUGCAUUUGCGAGGUAUCAACAGGGCGUGACUGACUUUGACCAAGAAUACAGGGAUCCAGCCAAUGAUCGCAGUACUCCAUACCCACCAGCCCCGUACACCACUGGCCCCCCGGGGGGUUACCAGCAGUCACCUUUCUCCAACAGUCAGCAGAACCCAGGGGAGUACCAGCCCCCAGCUUAUUGAAGGACCGAGAUUCAAACACAUGAAAUCAACAGGGGAGUUUUCUUUUAAAAUAAAGAUGUGUGCCAAUGGUUUCAUUUCCAACUCGGACUGUUCUCUGCACUCCCAUUUUCUUCCUGCACAAGGUGUUUGCAUAUUUGUGGCUGCACUGAUAAGUUCCUAGUUCAUUUAAUUGUUUUAAGUUGUUUGGUGGAUGUAUGCUGCAUUGUUUGAAGUGCCACUCACAGGAGGUGAACGCUGAAACUUUUUUUAAUUUGCUGUUUGAAGGAGAAUGUCUUGGUAAGAGAGAAUAUGACUGUGCCAUUGUUGUCUUUGUAGCAGAACAUCUGUGGUUAUUCCAGUGCCCAUUUUAUUGGAUUUUUUUAGUGCAGUUUGAGAGCUAUUAACGCAAAAACACAAAUCAACAAACAGGGUGAGAUUCACUUUGCCAGGAAAACUGCUUGAAAUUGUGAAGAUGGACAUUGUGACUGUUUAGAACAUGUUUUUAUUGCUCUCAAUUGAGUUCAACAGCAGAAAAACUGUUUCUCUAAAAUGAAUUAUUGUUGAUCACAACACAAGCUGAUAGUAUUUAAUCAAUGAGUGCAUUGAAAAUGUUCAGCCUAUAGACAGGAGGUUGAACAGCUGGUCCUGUGGUGUGGUCAUACCAACCUGGAGCUCCCUCUUUAACUGCUGUAAUGCUAUGUUAUUGUUUGGUUUGUCUUUUUUUUUAAGAAUUGACCACUGAAAAAUGGCUUUAAUGCACUGAAAAUGGUUAAUAUUCUUUGAGAGCAGUUAAUAACCGGUGUCUGAUAUAAAAUUAAGUCAAAUAUUGGUACAACUUGAUAUUUAAGGGUGUAAAGGUAGCCAAAUGAAUGUGGAUCAGCUACCUCUGUAGAAGUUGAAUAUAUGUUUGAGUUCAGUGAGGUUUUUAAAACAUCCAACUAAUUCAGUGAUAUCGAGGUAAUCAGUAAGUUUACUAUGUAAUCCUUUCAGUCUAAGUACCUGACAAUCAAACCGUGAUUGGUGUUUUGUUAAUUUUUUUUUCUACAUUACUGUUUCCCCCCCUUGCUUUUCCUGGUUUUACACGUGCCACAUUUUUACUGUUGUGCUCACUGGCUUUACAGUUAUUUCCCAUGAGAGUGCCUUACAGUAUUCUGUAUCACACAGGGUUUGCCAAAUAAAAACUGGUGUUGUUUUAAA